AGGCGGCGGACGUCACUUGUGGUGCGCGGGGGCGGGGCGGGAGGUCGGAAGGUUCCAGAGGGGCUGAGGAGCUGUUGGUGCUGUGUGGAGCUGCAGCUCAGCGCUGUGACACGAUAUGGCUGCUGCUAGAGAGGAGCUGCAGAAGGAUUUGGAGGAGGUGAAAGAGCUGCUUGUGAAAACCACGAGGAAGCGGCUUCGUGAUGUUCUGAUGAUGGAAAAGCACAAACUAGAACUAGAGAUCAAGAAUCAGCCUCUGCCAAAGCCUAAAGAUGUGAUAGAGGAAGAAAAGUCGUCGCUGGGAGGGUACACUGUGAAAAUCAACAAUUACGGUUGGGAUCAGUCAGAUAAGUUUAUUAAGAUUUAUGUCUCUUUAAAUGGAGUCCAGAAGCUUCCAGCUGAGAACGUGCAGGUGAAUUUCACAGAGAGGUCAUUUGAUCUGCUAGUGAAGAAUCUGAAUGGGAAGAACUACACCAUGACCUUCAACAACCUCCUGAAGCCCAUCUCUGUGGAAGGCAGCUCCAGAAAGAUAAAGACAGACACAGUCCUUGUGAUGUGUAAGAAGAAGCGGGAGGAGAAAUGGGACUGUCUCACUCAAGUGGAAAAAGAAAGCAAAGAGAAAGAGAAAGCUGCCUAUGACACCUCAGAUCCCAGCGAAGGGCUUAUGAACCUCUUAAAGAAGAUGUAUGCAGAAGGAGAUGAUGAAAUGAAGCGCACCAUCAACAAGGCCUGGGUUGAAAGCAGAGAAAAGCAAUCCAAAGGGGACAUACCGAUGGAUAUCUGAAAGUAUUUGAAGGGCUGCCUUAAUACAGAUCUUCCAUGUGAGAACUCGCUGUGCUGCAAAGAUCAUUGUUUACACAAUCUUCUUCCAAGCAAAGACACUCAUUUUUCCAUUUCAGGUUGGAGAAAAUAUUUAAAUAAAAUAGCUUAUAAAGCGUUUCCUUCAGUCAA